AUGAAACGUCUCCUCUCUUUCUCUGGUUGUUUUAUCUAUCUAUCUAUCUAUCUAUCUAUCUAUCUAUCUAUCUAUCUAUCUAAAUAUCCUCUCUGUUCAUCUUACUUAUAUCUAUCUCAGUCCUUUACUUUCUUUUUCUUUCUCAGUCUCUCUGUCAUUCAUACCUGUCUCUUUCUUUUUUUGUCCACAUCCCUCACAUAUACCUAUAUCAUUCCGUUUUUCUUUCUUUCUUAUUUUCUUUCUUUCUUUCUUUCUUUGUCCUUAUCUUUUUUGCUUUCUUUCUUUCUUUCUUUCUUUCUUUCUUUCUUUCUUUCUUUCUUUGUCUACAUCACUGAUAUAUACCUAUGUCAGUUCUUUCUUUCUUUCUUUGUCCAUAUCACUGAUAUAUACCUAUAUCAAUACGUUUCUUCCUUUCUUUCUUAUCAAUUUUUAUUCUUUCUCCACGUCACUCAUAUACACCUACCGAUAUUAGUCUGUCUGUCUUUCUUUCUUUCUUGGUCUUUAUUUCUAAUAUAUGCCUACAUCAAUACGUUUCUUUCUUUUUUUCUUUACUUUUCUUUCUUUCUUUGUCCACAUCACUCAUAUAUACGUAUAUCAGUCCGGUGUUUUUCUUCCUUCUUUCUUAAUUCAUGUUGUGUCUGUCAGGCUAUUCAUUUUUAUUUUUAUUUUUCAUAA